GUUAUUGAUUUAUCUCCGUUUUUGAUCCGCGUUUUAAUGUCAGCACUCUUCCUUUAACAAAAAGGGAAGUUUGCUGCCUGUUGUCGCUCACAAAAGGUUUUGUGAAGAAGAACGCGUCAUCCACGCUGUUUGUUUUGUUAAUUUACUUGGUUUAUGGCAGCUAAAAGAAUCCAUAGAUGUCACAGAGAAGCGUUUCUAAACUCCGCCUUCCGGUCAGUGCUGCUCAUUACAAGUUUGUUUUUGGUCCUGACUGUGUCCGUGUAUCCUGGGUUGAGGUCCUUAGCUGUUCAGCUUCACGCAGUCCUAACGGGGAGCUACACACCAGGCCACCACUCUGUCCUAAUAAUCAACAGUCCCAGUGAACAGAUAGCCAAGGACAUUGGCAGGGCUGUCAUGGAAAAACGUCUGGCAGCUGGCGUUAAUAUUUUCCCCAAGACCUCCACAAUGUACUAUUGGAAAGGUGAAAUCCAAGAUGCUACUGAAACACUGAUACUGGUGAGAACAAAAACUUCCAAGAUCCACCAAGUUGUUGAUUUUGUGAGGUCCAUCCAUCCCUAUUCAAACCCAGAAGUCCUCAGUUUUCCAGUAGAAGAUGGUAGUCUGGCCUACAUGAAGUUGAUGGAUGAAGCCAUUCCAGAUGACUGAUAAAGUUAAUGCCAGCACAAACAGAAGCCAAACAAGGACACUAAGCCAUGUGUGCACACUAGCCAUGUUUCCAUCCAAUGGAAAUGCAAAUUUUGAGUGAACUUUUAAAAUAUUGCAAAAAAAGGAAUUGCGAUUUAGGAUUAGGCAUGUUUCCAUCUACAGGUUUGGGGAGAAUCAGUCAGGCUAUGCGGAGCUUUAUAUCGUCAGACAUUGACUUUACUCAUGGCUGUAAUAAACAGGAAGCAGAGGUUGCAAACUAGCAGGGACCACACAUCUCAGGACAAUGGUAUCACUAGUACUGCUGGUAUUGCUAUUGGGCUAGUUGUAAUUGUUCUGUCAUAUCAAGUAGUAUGGGCAUUGUUGCAUGCUGUCAGUCCACAUGCACCUGUUGUUGCAUCCAGCCAUGUUUUUGUGUGUGGUGGAAAUUCCUGGGAGUAAGCCGUCAGUGGAAAAAGCUGAUCAAUCAUGUGAGGUAAAUGUUCACUGCAUCAGAACUUUUAAGGCAAGUGUUUCCAUCCCCCCUUUUGCUCAUUAACUGUUUUUGGAAGACACAAACCCUACAAACUAUUUCAAGCAAGAGUAGUUUUUUUUUUUUGCAAAAUUUAGGACAUUUUGUUUUUAUAUUUUGCCAUUUCCAUUAACCUUAUCUAUUGCGAUGCUUCAAAAUGUGCGUAAAAAUGUUGAUGGAAACAAGGUUACUGUUGUUUGAAAGCUCCAGAAAUGUUUGUCUCGAAAUACGUAUGCCAUUUUAUUGUUCGUCAUUUUAGAGUGGAUACUUUUAAUGUCAGUUUUUCAUUCAGUACAAACUUAUUAUUAUUAUUAUUAAACUGGAGAUUACAGCAAUGACUGGCGCACAAGGUCACGAUGGAUAAGUGUGUGAGCACUCCCAGAUUUCCCCCCUAUCAGGAAAGACAGCAGGCAUGAACAAUGUUUUGAUGUUGUUCUAAACUCCGUCUUUGAUGACACAGAAAGGGAGACAGAGGGUGACAAAGAAUGAGAUAUGGAGAUUACAUGAGAUAUGAAGAAAUGUGUUACUGGAAUUAAAAGACUUACUUGUUAUGGCCCUGAAUAAUCAGACAUGAGAGGAUUAGCUAUUGACUACCAACAUUCAAGACAAGAUAACAAAAAAGAUAACAGAAACCUUGCUUUUAAACUAAAAGAAUGUCAUGGCAAAAGCCCUCAACAAGAGUACUGCAUAUGGCACAUAUACACUCAUCAACAAACUAUUAUACAGCAGUCUAUAUCAAUGGCCCAGACAAAAUCUUUGCAUAACCUUUGACCUUGGUUUUUAACCUUAAACUUAGAACUGAGGUGAUGAAAAGAUAAUGUGACACACUGUCUCAUACAAAUGUGUACCACAAAUCAGACGUUAUGGGCAGGAAAAGUGAACGUGCGGAGGCAAUCAUAUGUCUGCCUUUGACAUCAAAGCACAACUAGUCUUAUACAAAAUAAAGUACACAGAAUUGCCAACAAGAAACUGCACAGCAGAAUAGUCAAUAUAUUGUCAAUUAUUAUUGAAGAGACUACUGCUGCAAAAUGGAAAGCAAUCCCUCAUCUAAUAACAUAAGUUAAAGAAUUAUAUGUAAUUUAAAAAAACUUGGAAGACAAAUUCUAAAAUAAUACCCUCAAUGAUGUUUGUUUUGCCUGAAGAGUAGACCAUAAAGAUGGUCUGGGUUUAUUAUGCAUGACGGAGCAGGUGGUUAAUGACAAUGUCAUUUAACAAGAUCAUAGCAGGAGCUUAUCUGUGUGGAGUAAGCAUGUUCUUCCUGUGUGUCUGUUUUUUUCCUGAUAGUCUAGUUUCCUAGUAGACCAGGUAAAUUCCAUUGAGAUCAUAGAUCUCUUUUGCAAGGGAUGCCUGGGCCUUACGGUAACCUGUACAUGUUUUGGGUCUGUGGAAGAAAUCCCAGAGAAAACACAAGCACAAGGAGAACAUGCAAUCUCCACAAAAAAAGACCAUGGGUCUGACCCAGGGAUCGAACCCAGGACUAUCUUGCUGAGGCUUCUGUGCUAACCACUAAACAAUUUUGCUGUAAUUACCAGAAUGGAUUUUUGUUUCAGUGAGGCUCAAAUGUUGUCCAAAGUGUAUAAUGCACAAUUCUCCUAUGACUGUUCCAACCAAAUUAAUUGUAACUUUCCAUGUCAAAGGGUUAAUGUUUUCUUGAAACUUGACAUUUGCCUGCCUUAAUUUUGAAAAUUUUGCUUUGAUGAUUAAAAGGACAGGAGAUGGCGUACCCAAAACUUUUAAAUGUGUGCAGCCCAGUUGUUCAAUAUGAGCCUAGAACUGGGCAAGGUGCAGUGAGAUACAUCCUGGCAUGAGAUGAAGGAUCCCAGACCAGCUACUGUCCUCUUCAUGUCUCAUCUUGGUCCCAUUCUUUACAGUCUACUACUGCAGACUGGCGUUCACAGAUUUUUGCACGCCAAGGUGCUCAGCUGGGGUUUGUGAGGAUCCUUACACUGUCUCAGACAAACAGACAAAACAAACAGUAAUUGCAUUUACUACAGUUAUUUAUUAGAAAGAAUGCAGUAUUGAAGUAGAUUGUUGAAGGUGACUCAAAUGUGAAGUUUGUGAAAAUAAACACAACGUAUAUAAAUGCAACUGAAUCAAACCAAAACAGUUUCAUGUUCCAUUACAUAAUUUUUCUAGCCAUUUUUAUUUUUCGUCGUAACACAUACGAAUAAAAAUAAUAUUGUGUUUAAUACCUGAAUUAAGUGCUGCAGGAAGAAUAUAAUAUGGGAAAAUGGUUAGUUUACAUUCAGAUUACAGGAGAAUAUUUUGGGAUUGAGGGGACAGGUUUGUAAAAGCAUCAAAUCAUUGUUUUUUUAUGUUUAAAACAGUCAUUUUGGACACAAACUCACUCAAAACUUGCUUCUCAACUGUGCAUUGUCCUGAUGCCUUGAACAAAAACAAACUUCACCUUUUACACAGUCAAUGAUUCAUAAAAGUGGUGCAUUGACCAAGUGAUAAAGCUGCAGGCAUCUCAAAUGGUUAGUAAAUAUGAGGGGUA